CUGCUUGUCCCUGACUCCGCCCUUCCUCCCUCGGUUUCCUCUGUAGCCCUUCUGUUCCCUUGCCACCGCCGACGAUCCCGACGCGGUCGAGUCCUUCGAAUAACAGUACGACCUCCGGGACUCGGCCGACACCUCCUCUCACAGCCUCUUAUUCGAUUCCUAAUCUCCUGUUUCCUUCUGACGGCAAUGCCCACCUAGUCCAGAAGAAAAGAAGAAUAGGGCGAAGAAGAGCAGGAGAUAGAGGUGGAGGAGAUGGGGCGUUCUGAGCCAUGCGUUCUAUUUGCCCAAUCGUUCGUUCAUUCUCAACUUGAUGAAUAUGUUGAUGAGGUCCUCUUUGCGGAACCUGUUAUCAUUACUGCUUGUGAGUUUCUUGAGCAGAAUGCAUCUCCAUCUGCACCAAAUGUACCACUACUUGGGGCUACCUCACCUCCUUCUUUUGCUUUAGAGAUUUUUGUUCACAGUGAAGGAGAGUCAAGAUUUAGGCGUCUUUGCCAGCCUUUCCUUUAUUCACACUCUUCAUCCAAUGUUUUAGAAGUUGAGGCUAUAGUUACAAAUCAUUUAGUUCUUAGGGGCAGCUAUCGAAGUCUUACUCUUAUUGUUUAUGGAAAUACUACUGAAGAUCUUGGACAGUUUAAUAUUGAAUUUGAUCUGGACAAUUCAUUGGCAAAUGUUGUUUAUUCUCCAUCAGAAGGAAAAUCAGAAGACCUUCCACCAGCAUUAUGUUCAAAUAAGUUGAUGUUUGAAGAGUCAAUGACUUCUCUAAAAUACAUCGGUUUUCCAGUUGCUAUGUUUGACAUUCCUCCUGAACUGAAGCAAUUUUUGUUGUUAGCUGUUAAGUUUUGCCAAGUUACUGAUUUUGAGAACCAACUUUCUGAGAUUGUAAGUACUGUUGUAUCACCUGUUCUGUCAUAUGGGAGGAGUGACAGUAGCAACAACACAUUUUACUGGGACCAAAACAUGCUGGUUGGAGUCACUGACCACAAGAAGGAUAUGGAGAAAAUAAAUGAUGUUCUUGUUCAGGCUAGAAAAGAAACCCUUGAACUUUGUAACUCCAAAAGUGUGGAUAGUCAGUCAGCAGAAGCCUCAGCCGAUUUUGAAAGAGCUGAAACACUUAUUUCUGAACUGCUAAUUGACAUGUUCAAUAAAUACAAAAUUUUCAAGAGUACAUCAGAUGUUGAUUUACAGUUAUUUUCUCAGACCAAACACAUGAUUUUACUAUUGGGCUUGACUCUUCUAUUUUGCUCUUCGAGAGAGGGCUGCUUUCAUUUUGUCAAUAAUGGUGGAAUGGAGGAAAUUGUUUGGUUAUUAAGUCAAGAGAAUUCUCCUGCUAUUACAUUAAUGUUACUAGGCAUUGUUGAAUGUGCUACUCGACAUGGCAUUGGAUGUGAAGGAUUUUUGGGCUGGUGGCCACGUGGAGAUGAGAAUGUUCCAGUUGGUAACAGCGAUGGCUAUUCUUUUUUGUUAAGCUUAUUACUAGGGAAGCAACGGCAUGAUGUUGCUGCACUUGCAGCAUAUAUACUACACCGUUUGCGUUUCUAUGAAAUUGCUACCAGAUAUGAGGCUGCAGUGUUAUCUUCCUUGGCUAAUCUGUCUGAUCAUUCUGCGAUCGCUGCUGAUGGAAUUGAAUCACUUGUCACUGCCAGUUCUCAUCUCAAGCAAAUUAUGAAACUGAUAAAUCUGUACGAGCCUGUUGAAGAUCCGUCGCCCCUCACUUUUGCUCGAAGGUUAUCCAAUUUGGAGCAAUCAGAAGGAUUACUGUCGUACAAAGCAACUAUCGACUGCAUAACCACAUCUAAGUGUACUUUUGCUAGAUCGGAUAUUGACAUGUGCUUGUUAACUCUUCUUGAGGAUAGAGGAUUUUUCCCCUUGUCAGCUGCUCUUUUAUCAUCUCCUACAUUGCAGUCAGCAAACGACAAGAAGACAGUCAUUUUUAUGGAGAUUGCAAAUUCAGUUGAAUAUAUACUUCUUAAUCUCCUCUUUCAUCGUUCAGGUCUAUGUUUUUUACUCACCCAUCCUGAAGCAACCGAACUUGUGAUUCUUUCUCUUCAAGAUGUUGAAGAAGCAACAAAAAAAGAGUGCAUGACUCUCAGACAGGCAGCUGUUUUUCUGUCAAAAGGGUUUAUUUGUCAUCCACAGGAAGUUGCCAUGAUCAUAGAGCUCCAUCUUAAAGUGGGGAUUGCUAUUGAUCGGUUGCUUAACACUGGUCCUCAGUAUGAUGAUCUUUUGUGGAUUCUUUGGGAGCUUUGUGCCAUUUCCAGGUCUGAGUCUGGUCGUCAAGCAUUGUUGGUUCUAGGACAUUUCCCAGAGGUUAUAUCAGUUUUGAUGGAUGCACUACGUUCAUACAGAGAGAAAGAGCCAAUUGGGACUUCUCGGUUAAGUCUAGCCAUCUUCCAUUCAGCUGCAGAAAUAUUUGAAGUCAUGGUCACAGAUUCUGCUGCAUCAUCCCUCAAUUCUUGGAUUGGACAUGCAGUGGAACUUCACAAAGCUUUACACCUAGCUUCCCCAAGGACCAAUAGCAAGGAUGCACCCAUGAGAUUGCUAGAGUGGAUAGAUGCUGGUGUUGUAUAUCACAGAAAUGGGGCUAUUGGUCUUCUGCGAUAUGCGGCAGUUUUAGCAUCUGGUAGGGAGGCUCAUCUUAGUUCAUCAAGUGUGCUAGUAUCCGACUCGAUUGAUGUUGAGAAUGUCAUUGGCGAUUCGACAAACAACUCCGAUGCUCAGGUUGUGGAUAAUCUUCUCGGGAAGCUUGUCUCGGAUAAGUACUUUGAUGGAGUUACUCUAUGCAAUAGUUCUGUGGUUCAGUUGACGACAACAUUUCGUAUUCUGGCGUUUAUUUCAGAUGAUUCAGCUGUAGCAGCUUCUCUUUUUGAAGAAGGAGCAGUGACUCUCGUAUAUGUGGUUCUAGUUAGUUGUAAAUCCAUGCUUGAGAGACUGUCAAAUAGUUAUGAUUAUCUUGUUGAUGAAGGAGCUGAAUAUAAUUCUACAACUAAUUUACUUCGCAAACGAAGUCAUGAACAGAGCCUCAUUGAUCUGAUGAUUCCUUCCCUUCUCUUGCUGUUAAACCUUCUCGAGAAAUUACGAGAUGCUAAGGAGCAGUAUCGCAACAAAAAGUUACUGAAUGCCCUUUUGCAGUUGCAUCGAGAAAUAAGCCUGAAACUAGCAGCAAGUGCCGCAGAUUUGUCCUUUCCGUAUCCUAGCUCGACCCUUGGUUUUGGUGCUGUUUGUCAUCUCCUUACGUCAGCACUUGCAUGCUGGCCAAUCUUUGAUUGGACACCUGGUCUGUUUCAAUGUGUACUUGAAAGUGUUCGGGCAACGUCUUCCCUAGCUUUGGGUCCAAAGGAUGCCUGCAGUAUCUUUUGCCUUUUGGGUGAUCUAUUUCCUGAUGAAGGUAUCUGGUCGUGGAAAAAUGAAAUGCCACCAUUGAGUGCCCUUAGAACAUUAAGUGUUGGAACAUUAUUAGGUCCUCAAGUAGAAAAAGACGUCAAUUGGUACUUGAAGCCGGAACACCUAAUGGUGCUGCUUAUUCAGUUGACACCGCAACUUGAUCGAAUUGCACAAAUUGCUCUGCAUUUUGCCUUUUCUGCCCUAAUGGUUGUACAAGAUAUGCUUCGGGUUUUCAUAAUUCGCGUUGCCACCCAAAGAGCAGAAUGUGCAGUUGUCCUUUUGCAACCAAUGAUUUCUUGGAUAGAUAAUCAUGUCGAUGAAACCUCCCCAUCAGAGAUGGAUAUUUUUAAGGUAUAUCAGUUGCUUCAUUUCAUUGCUAGCUUGUUGGAGCAUCCCCAUGCCAAGGCAUUAUUGCUUAACAUGGGAGCUUUAAAAAUAUUGGGAAAAGUACUUCGGAGAUAUAUCAUUGUGUUUAAAACAGAUGGAAAUCUGAUUCUAGAAAGCAGGGUCCUCCCUAGAAAUGUUUCCUUGCUUAUCUGGAGUCUUCCUGUAUUGAAGUCCUUAGCUUUGAUUUUUAGUUCACAAUCCCCGGUUAAACAAAGUGAAUCACCUGAGAGGAAGUUAGAUGACAUCUGCAUUGAAGAAAGUUCCUGUGUUGUCUAUCAACUCCUCAAGUUACUGCAGGUUUUACCAGUUGGAAGGGAGUUGCUAUCUUGUCUUGUCACUUUUAUGGCAAUAGUUACAUGCAAUCACGGUAGAAGUGCUCUUGCAUUCUUAUUUUCACAGAUUUCAUCUGCUGUUCCUGAUGAACAAGAACGAGAUGAAAGGACUGGUGACGGUAAUAGUUUUGAUGAGGUUGAUUGGAGAUCUUCUCCUCCUUUUCUAUGUUGCUUGAAAAACCUUCUGUGGUCAUUGGAUGCCAACAAUUGUACUGUGGCGGAUGUGGUUGAAAUACUUUAUACAUUGUCUUUGUGUGCGAUGUGCCUCUCCGUUCAGGAUGACAAGUUGGAUGGAGUCUCGAUACUGAAAUGGCUCUUUGGACUUUCAAAUGAUGUUAAUCAUUCUGAAGUUUCUUCAGAGGAGCAGUUAAGGAAAGUGUACAAUAUAACUGAAAAAUUGGAGCAGAGAAUCACUAAUGAUGAUGAGAAUGUAACUGUAAAAGUAGGGAAGCCAACCUUGUAUCAGGUUAGGGAAUCAGUAAAAUCGAUGUUAGGUUUCCUACAGGAUUCUUCCAGUUCAUCAACAAAACUGGAAGGCACCACACUAAGUGAAGCCUCAGCUGCCUCCUCUGAUAUUGUUCAACCUUUGGAUAGCACUUCUCAGAAUAUGCCAUCUUUGACUGUAACAUUUGUGGAUGAUGAAGCUGCAUUUAUGUUGUCGAACUUUUGGAAGUUUGAACAAGAUGCUGAGAAAAUUGUCUAUGACUUUUCAGUUGGAGAAUUUGCAGAGAAGCUUACAUGGGAAUGUCCUGAUUCUUCUCUCGAUAGACAAUUGAUGCCAACAUCCUCUUCUAAAAGGAAACUGGCAUUAGCAGAUGGAUCUAACAAACGUGCACGCGAUAGUCUUGGGCCUGAAUCUGUAGGAUCUGGUGCAUUCUCUCGAGGAUUGAAUAUGCCCAGUGGUCCUUCUGGGCCUACUCGACGGGACACCUUUCGUCAGCGGAAGCCCAACACCAGCAGGCCACCUUCCAUGCAUGUGGAUGAUUAUGUUGCUAGGGAGAGAAACAUUGAUGGUGCAAGUAAUGUUCCAAGUAUUGUUGGCUCUUCCCAGCGUGGUAUGCCCACUAGCGGUAGACCUCCAUCAAUUCAUGUAGAUGAAUUUAUGGCAAGACAAAAAGAGCGCCAAAACCCCACAUUGGCAGCAGUUGGUGAUGGAUCACAGUUUAAAAAUCUAACGCAUGCGAGUCCUAAUUAUUCUGUUAAGCUGGAUAAACCACGGCAUGUGAAGGCGGAUCUUGAUGAUGAUCUUCAAGAGAUAAAUAUUGUCUUUGAUGAGGAGUCAGAAUCUGAUGAUAGACUACCGUUCCCUCAACCAGAUGAGAAUUUGUGCCCUCCUGUUGUCAUUGGAGAAAGUUCACCAAGUUUUGUUGUUGGGGAGACUGAAGGUGAUGCAGAUGAUCCUUCUAGGUUUUCUCCAUUGAGCACACCUCCAGCAACCAGAGAGGGAAGCAUACAUAUGAAUAUUCCUGUUAGACAGUUAGCUUCACGGCAUGAAGUUCCAGUAUUUCAAGAUGCAAAUGCUUCCUCAGAGAACAUUGGAGGCACAGGAGCAGAAAAUUCUUCCUGUGAACAAUCUGAAGAAUCAAAAUAUGUCUCCCCUAAUGCUGGAUCAAGGGUUUCUACUAUCCAUCCCUCAACGAAGCAUACAGCAUUUCCAUCACACACACAUAAUGCAUCUCCUGCUCCAUCCUCUGUGCAACCAUUGGCUCCAUCAUCACUUUAUCAGAGCAACAGCCCACAGAGAGGUGUUGAUGGUUCAGUAUCGUCUGGUUCACAUGAAAGAUUAAAUGUUCCAAUCAACCAGCCACCUUUGCCACCAAUGCCCCCUCCAGCUUCUGUGUCAGCCCAGACUGCUGAGCCAGCACAUAGCCACUCAUUACCAUUUUUGAACAGUGCCAGGGAUUUACAACCUCCAGUUCCUUCAGGAUAUCCUCCUCGAUCUUUUGAUCUUCAAUCAGAUAAUCCACCAUCAACUAGCAAUAGUUCACUCCCAAAUGCUCAACCUGGUCUUGAUACCAAGUUAUCUUGGAAUGUGGCAUCUGGCAAUAGGCUGCAUACUGACAUCUUCGCUCCUGGCACCUCAGCACGGCCAGUGCCACCACUCCCACCUCUGCCACCACCAUUGUCUGCCUCAGUUAAUCAGUCACCCACACUAUUUUCUGGGUCCCAGGCUCCAUUGAGUAAUCAGAUUAGUAAUGUUGGGGCCCAGCCCUCUAUUGCUUCCACUCCUUUGAGUAGCACAAAUUAUGGAAUUUUGUCAGCCUCUGGAACUAGCCUUACUUAUUCAUUACCUCCAUUUGCACCACCUUUAUUUAUUAGCCGACCUAACACUGUACCUGGGACAUUUUUCACCUCACCGACAUUGCAAAAUAUUCAGACCCCAUCAAUUUUUUCGCAACCUUUUUCAAGUUCUCAAUCCUCUUUGCAGUCUAUGCUACCCCGUCCACCACCACUACCUCAAGCACAGCUUCCACGUCCUUCUCAGCAGCCUGGACCACCUAAUCAACUUUCACAAACACUAUCCGAUCAAGCAAUGUCAUUCCAGCAAAACUCUUUCCAAGUUCAGGUCAAUCAAUUGCAGGUGCCCCAGCAGCUUCAGGUUCCCCAAUUACAAUUUUAUUAUCAACCACAACAGCAGGAACCUGCUUUGCAACCCUUACAGCCAAUGCCUGAGCAAAUUCAACAAUCCACUCAGAAUAUCCAAGCUGAUAAUUCACUUCUGCAGCAAAAAGAUUCAGGGAUAACUUUACAGCAAUAUUUUGCCUCUCCUGAAGCCAUUCAGUCUUUAUUGAGCGACCGGGAUAAACUUUGCCAGCUUUUAGAGCAGCAUCCAAAGUUAAUGCAGAUGCUUCAGGAACGACUAGGCCAACAAUAGACACUGCAUGGACAAAGAAAUGGAACAAACCAUUGUUGCUGGUGAAGAAAACUUGGCAAGUCCACAAAAUGGUUGUUGGUUUAGCUCAAUACAUUCAUCAAUUUGAUUCAAUAGAGAGAAAGGGAGAAAAAAGAGAGAAUUUACUGUCUGCAAGGGAACAUUGAUGUAUUUGGAGAAAAAGUUACUCAUGUCCAUGUAUUUAAUAUGUACUCUAAAAUAUGUAUACUAUCUGCAUGGUUGUAUCAUUUUGUAGGUUGUUUGUUAUUGGGAAUUCCAUAUUGGUCCAUCUAUUGUAUCAUUUGCGGCAUCAUUGUUAUUCCUAGGUAUAUUCCUCAUCUGUUGCUCUCAAGGGCCAUCUGACUCCUACUAGGAAGCAUCGUCAACUUUAGGUAUGGAAUCAUGAACUAUGUAUGUUACUGAUUGAAUCAUAAUGGGGAAUAUUUGAAUAACUUAUGCUGAUUUAUUUA